GGCGUAAGGCAUGCGUUCACAAUAGUUAACUCGGGUCUCUCUGCCUUCAGUUUAUAGCCUUGCUACUGCCUGCAAUACUGUUAACAGCCAGAUCCCUCGCAAGCACCCAGGGUAUCUGAGCACUGGGUAGGUGCGUACCAUGGAGCUCUCACGGCUUUUUCUCCUCUGCCUUCCGGCCGUGUGGGUGCUUGCCGCCGCCUCCGCCGUCGCGGACGUUCCGGCGGCACGGAGUCCCGGCUGCACAACGAGGUGCGGCGACAUCGAUGUCCCGUACCCGUACGGCCUAGAGCCACGGUGCGCCAUCCACAGAGGCUUUCAGCUCAACUGCACAACCGUGCGCGGCGCCACCAAGCUGUUUCACGGUACCAUGGAGGUGAUCAAGAUCUCCGUGCAGGAUAGCAAGGCCUGGCUCAAGACCUAUAUCUCUCGGCAGUGCUACAACCAAACCACAAACCGUAUGCUGUACAACAACGCGUGGAUGAACAUUAGCGGCACGCCCUACGUGCUAUCGGCAGACGAUAACAAAGUCAUCGUUCUCGGGUGCAGAAGUCUCGCCUACAUGCUCAGCGACACUUACAUAAUCGGCUGCUUGUCGACAUGCGACGACGUCAGGAGCCUCAAGAACGGCUCAUGCUCCGGUGCUGGGUGCUGCCAGGUGGAUCUCCCAAAAGGAGUCCAGUAUUAUCAAGGCUUUUUCAACUCGUUGUACAACACCACCCAAAUAUGGAGGAGUACCCCUUGCAGCUAUGUUACUGUGAUGGAAAGCGCAGCCUUCAGCUUCAGCACCGCUUAUCUCACCUCAACGGUGUUCUAUGACACAGACCACGCAAGGAUCCCGAUUGUGAUGGAAUGGGCGAUCAAAGAGAAUACAACAUGUGAGGAAGCCAAAGUCGACAAGAAGACGCCCUAUGCGUGUGUUAGCAACAACAGCAACUGCAUCACGAAUAAUGCGGGCUACCUCUGCAGGUGCUCCAAUGGAUACAGAGGCAACCCUUACAUCGUCGACGGAUGCACAGAUAUCGAUGAGUGCCUAGACAAUGUUACUUACCCGUGUCCUGGAAUAUGCGAAAAUACACCGGGGAGUUUCACUUGUUCAUGCCCACGAGGAAAAAGCAUGAUCAAUGGCGUUUGCGUGAAAAAUCCGAAGUCAAUAUGGAUGGCUCCAGUUGUUGGUGGAAGUAUCGGACUUGUGGUUCUUGUGGUUGCCAUCACUUGUGCAUACUUGAUCCGAGAAAGACGGAAGCUACACCGCAUCAAGCAGAAGUAUUUUCGACAGCAUGGCGGUCUACUGCUAUUUGAGGAGAUGAAGUCGCAACAAGGAGUCCCAUUCAAAAUAUUCUCUGAAGAGGAACUACAGCAAGCCACAAACAGGUUUGAUGAACAAGUCGUCAUUGGCCAUGGGGGCCAUGGAAAAGUCUACAAGGGAGUUUUGAAGAGCGAUGUUGAAGUAGCCGUGAAAAGGUGCGUGACGAUUGAUGAACAACAAAAGAAAGAAUUCGGCAGGGAAAUGCUAAUCCUAUCCCAGAUCAACCACAAGAAUAUCGUCAAGCUCCUCGGCUGCUGCCUCGAAGUUGAAGUCCCCGUGCUGGUGUACGAGUUCAUCCCAAAUGGCACAUUGUUCCAUCUCAUCCAUGGCAACCACAGCCGACACAUUUCCUUGGACACUCGCCUAAGGAUUGCUUGUGAGUCUGCAGAGGCCUUAGCUUACCUUCAUUCCUGCGCAUCCCCGCCAAUCCUCCAUGGCGAUGUCAAGUCUACCAACAUCCUCCUGGAUGGUGACUACGCAGCAAAAGUCUCUGACUUCGGCGCGUCCAUCCUUGCACCAAGCGACAAGUCACAGUUUGUAACACUUGUCCAAGGAACUUGUGGCUACCUCGACCCAGAAUACAUGCAGACAUGCCAAUUAACGGACAAGAGCGAUGUGUACAGCUUCGGAGUUGUUCUCCUAGAGUUGCUCACACGAAAGAAGGCAUUCAACCUCCAAGGACCUGAGCACGAGAAGAGCCUAUCCAUGGCGUUUCUAUCCGCGAUGAAGGAGAACAAGCUGGAGGAUAUCCUAGAUGAUCAAAUCAAGAACAAUGAGAAUGUGGAGUUUCUCGAGGAGAUUGCAGAGUUAGCAAGGCAGUGCUUGGAGAUGUGUGGCGUGAAUAGACCAUCAAUGAAGGAAGUUGCAGAUAAGCUCGAUAGGUUGAGGAAGGUCAUGCAGCAUCCAUGGGCGCAUAAGGAUCCUGAAGAGUUGGACAGCUUGCUUGGAGAGCCGUCUUUGGUCAGCUCUGGAGUUACCGGGGCUCCCAGCACGGGAAAUUUCAGCAUCACGAAGAAAGUUGCUAUGGGUUUAGAAUCAGGGCGUUAGUCACUAUAAAAGUACAUCAGGUCUUAUUUGCAUCAUUCCAAAUGACAGAUACCCUUUUACCAUAGAUGAUAUAAACUACAUCAUGUCUUAUUUACGUCACUCCAAAUGAUAGAUACUCUUUUACCAUAGAUGUUCCUCGACUGCGAGGAUAUACACAUAUAGAUUUAUGUGUCAUCAGACGGUUAUAUUGUCCUGCGAUGAGAAGGGUAAUGUAAUUAUUAUUUUUUA